GGUUAAUAUUUUUUUCGUCAAUCGUGUCUCGUGGCGGUUUCUGUGUCUGCCAUUUUCCGCCGAACAUCGCAACGGUUUGGUUGCUGAGUCCUUAAAUUCCUGAGGUAUCCCUACUACACACUUUUCAAGAUGGGUAGGGAGGACAAGGCAACUUGGAAAUCAAGUUACUUCACCAAACUUGUUCAACUAUUGGACGAUUACCCCAAGUGCUUCAUCGUAGGCGCAGACAAUGUUGGCUCCAAGCAGAUGCAACAAAUUCGCAUGUCCCUUCGUGGAAAUGCAGUUGUGCUCAUGGGUAAGAACACCAUGAUGAGAAAGGCCAUCAAGGGUCACAUAGAACGUAAUGCCGCAUUGGAAAAGCUGUUGCCUCACAUCAGGGGUAAUGUCGGAUUCGUCUUCACGCGGGGUGACUUGAUAGAAGUGAGAGACAAAUUGCUGGAAAACAAAGUGCGCGCACCCGCCAGAGCGGGCGCCAUCGCACCUUUGAGCGUUAUCAUUCCCGCACAAAACACCGGACUUGGUCCUGAAAAAACAUCUUUCUUUCAAGCUUUGAGUAUUCCGACCAAGAUUUCCAAGGGUACUAUUGAAAUUAUAAACGACGUGCACAUCCUCAAACCUGGUGACAAAGUAGGUGCAUCCGAAGCUACUCUUUUGAACAUGCUGAACAUCUCUCCGUUCUCGUACGGAUUAAUAGUCGAACAAGUGUACGAUUCCGGUACCAUUUUCGCACCCGAAAUUCUGGAUAUCAAACCUGAGGACCUUCGGGAAAAGUUUAUGGCCGGAGUCGCGAACUUGGCCGCGGUUUGCUUGUCGAUUGGAUAUCCCACAGUCGCCAGCGCUCCGCACAGCAUAGCGAACGGUUUCAAAAACUUGUUGGCUAUUGUUGCAGUUACCGAGGUCGAAUUCGCGGAAGCCGCUACUAUAAAGGAAUAUAUUAAGGAUCCGAGCAAGUUUGCUGCCGCUGCUGCUGCUGCAGCUCCAGCGGCUGCAGCUGCUGAAGCUCCUGCUGCUGAAAAGAAGGAAGAAAAGAAAGAGGAGUCCGAAUCCGAAGAUGAUGACAUGGGCUUCGGAUUGUUUGACUAAAACAAUCUCAAAACAUAAUUUUUCAAUGGAAGAUCGAUCCAAAUUUUUUUUUUUGGAUCAUUUUAUAAGCACUCGUUGCUGACACUUAAUAAAACCUCCACUUAAAAAAAUAA